CUGCAAGAACGCCAUUGUUCUCUUCUGACUCGUGAGUGCACAGUACUCCCUGGUAGGUUAGGUGGAGCGAGAGCAGAGUUGCCAGCGUAGCAGAGAGCACGGUGGAGAAUGGAAAGCUUGGUCCAUGGCGGUUGGUUUCCGAGAUGCGAUAGUAGAAGCCGUUAUUCUCGUUAGACUGCGUCAGCUCCAGCGAAGAGAUAAGGCCUCCCCGCCAUGCCCCCACUCCCAGACCAGCCUGGCAGAGCACCGUCUCCCGUGCGUCGGUCCAGCUGUCACGCGUCUUGCGGAUUUCGCUCGUAUCACUUCGACGCGGUGCAAUCGGGCCGGUGUACCUCCCGCCAUCACCCGUGCUCGGCCGCUGUGUCGGAAGUCAUAUCGCGUUGAUUUCGCUCGUAUCUGAAAAGAGACCGCUCUGAGUCGCCCAGGCCAGACACAACCAUCGAAUGAGAGGAAUGCCCUGUCCUGUCGAGUCGAGCGAGGAAAGAUUGAACCUCGCUUCUAUCUAGCGUUUCGCGGUCGACAAUUGCCACAUUUUUUGCGUGUGCGUGCGCCAUGCUAACAUUCCACGCCUAGGAAUGACCUAGCCGAGCUCGUUAGGGAGGAUUCAUCAUAGACCGCGUCGCGCGCGCUUCGUACUAUUUAUCGCCUCAUGGCGUUUCCACCGCGGGUUUUGCCCUCCGCGUGGAGCGGGCCUCUAUGCCCCGUGUGGUCGCUCAUGGGCGUGCCUCUCGCGCUGCUCGCCGCGGCGCUCAACCCCCACCUCUGGUCGCUCGCCCUCUCCGCCGCCUCGUCGCCGCACGCGGGGGUGUCGCUGCUGCCGCUCCUGUUUUUCGCGCACGCCGUGGCGCUGCUGCUCAACUACGCGGCUGCGCACAUCGUCGACGUCACCGGCGCCACCGUCCCCCAGGUGUGGCUGCACGAGUUCCCGCGCCCCCUGCGCCGCCUGCUGCCGCUGUUCUGCACGGCCUCCAUCCUCGCGCUGGACGUCGCCGCGCUCUGGGCGUCCGCCACGGCGCUGCAGCUGCUGGCGGGCCUCGCGCUCAAGCCCGCGCUGCUGCUCUCCGCGCUCUCCGGCCUCGCCCCCAUCGCCGUUCCUCCCCGCAAGGGCCAGCAGCUGGUUUCGCUGUGCGUGAGCCUGCUGCUGCUGCUGCUGCUCUCCUGCGCCCUCCACUGCCUCUCCGCCCUCCGCGCCCUCGCCUCCUCCCCGUCCAUCGAGCCUCUCCUCCCCCUCCUCGCCCCCGCCGCCCCCCGCCCCACCUCGGAGUAUGUGUGUCUCGCCUCGGCGCUGCUGGGCUGCUGCUUGCUGCCGCACACCUUCCUCCUGCUCGCCUGGCAGGAGAAGGUAGUGUCGGAGGAAGGCACGCCAGAGGAGCAGGAGGAGCACGCCAGACGCGUGGGGGGCCGGAGGUGGCGGCGGUGGCAGGAGCUGCUGCUGCCUCAGGCGCUUGCGCUGGGGGCGGCUGUGCUGAUGGUGCUGGGUGCGGGUGUGGCGAUCGGGGGAGGCGAGGAAGGGGCAGACGCACCAGCGUCUGUGCUGUCGCUGCAAGACGGCCGCUGGCUCCUCGUGCAGCUGCUGAGCGCCAGGGCGGCGCCGCUCUUCUUCGCGCUGGUGCUGCUGGCAGCGGUGCACCUCAUCUCGCCCUCCACCACCCUCGCCGCGCAGCUCGCCCUCUUCUCCUUCGCCCCCCCUUCCCCCCUCACCUCCUCCGGUCCCCCCUCCUCCCUCCCCGCGCAACACCCCUCCCCCUACCUCGCGUUCGCCGUCACCCGCCUCUCCUCCCUCCUCCUCACGCUCCUCCCAGCCCUCCUCCUGGGCGACUCCUCCGCGCUCCACUUGAUCCAAUCGGUGCCUCUCGCCCUCGCCCCCCUCCUCCCAUUGGCCGCCGCGCCUCUCCUCCGCCUGGCGGCGUCCCCCCACAUCAUGGGCCCCUGCCGCCUUCCCCCCGCGCUGCACCUGCUCGCCUGCCUCGCCUGCUGCGCCCUCUCCGCGCUCUCCCUCGCGCCCCUGGCCGCCGCGCUCCCCGCGCUGCUGCGGGGCUACGAGGGGGAGAUGGAGGGCAUGGGCCUGUGGGAGUGGCUGGCGGCGGGGGAUGCGGGGGUGGCAGCGGCGGUUGGCGCGCUGCUGUGGGUGAUGAGGGCGCCCCUGAGGUCGGAGGGAGGGGGGGAGUGGGAGGGGGAGGGGGAUGUGAGUAGUGCUUUGGAUGAGGGCAUGGGCGAGAAUGCGGUGAUGGGCGAGGGGAUAGAUGAAGACGCGGGCAUGGGCAUGGCGGGCGGGAUGUAUGGCGAAGAGGAGAUGGUCGGGGAGGAUGUCAUGUGGCAGCAGCAGUGGGUGGAGGACGACGGGGAGGGGGAGGUGGGGUGGGGGGAGCAGGUCGUGUGUGAGGAGGAGGAGGGAUGGGAGGGUGUGCAGCAGUUGGGGCAAGAGUGGCUAGCAGGGGCAAUCGAGCAAGAAGGAGCAGGAGAGGGGAAGCCAGGCGGCAUGGGGCCUGGGGGUGGGGACAGGGAGACUGUGAGUGAGGGCAAGGGUGCGGGUGCAGCAAGCAAGGCAGGGGCGGAAGUAACUGCAGAUGUGGAAGGGACAACGGCUCGGACAGACAUGGCUGGCGAUGGUAGUGUGGGCGCAAGGCAAGAGGCACUUUCAGCAGUGAGUGCGGAGCAGAAGGGAGGAGCGCAGGAGGCAGAGCGUAAGGAGGAGGGGGACCCAGCGAUGGGCGGAGAUGAGAGCACGGAAGACGAGCACCCUGGCGCUGCUGUUGUUGUUGCUGCUGCUGCUGCUGCAGCUGACGCUGGCGCUGCUGCUGCUGCUGCUGCCGCCGCUGGCGUUGCUGCAAUAGCUGUCAAGGCAGGUGUGGUUGAGGCUGCGAGCGUGGGCGAGGAGGAAGGCGCAGCCGUGGGUGGAGAGGGCAGGGUGGGGGAGGAGUGUCUGCUGGCGAGCGAAACGGAAUCCGCGUCCACACAAGGCCCGGACGCCGCGACAGGUGGUGUAGAGCAGGGGGACGCUGCAGAAAGUAUUGAGCAGGCGGCGCAGGGAGGAGCGGCAGAGGGCAAGGAGGGGAUGGAGGGCGAGGAAGAGGGCGUGGGGGGGGCGGGGCGGGGCGGGGUGGAGGAGGAGGAGGUGGAGAAGCAGAUGGUUGAGGUGCGGCGCAGGGGGGCAGCGCGUGCAUGCCAGGGGGGGGCGGUGGGGGAGGAGGGGAGCAGGGGUCCGGGUGCAGAGGAGCAGCCGGGGGAGAUGGCAGCAGUUGGGGCGCUGCCGGACGACCCUUUUGAUUCCUUCACCUGCCCCACCAAGCCCUCUUGCAAGCAGCCAGCAGAGCAGCCCCUGGGCCCUACCACUGUGCCCGGCACCUCACUCGGUGGCGUUGUGUCGCCCAGCAAGAGUGGCAAGGGCAUGUGUGGGGAGUGUGCGGGGCUGGCAGCGCCCUCCUUCCUGCCCGGGCUUGCGCCCUGCACCGCUGCUGCCACCGCCCAUGCCAGCAGCAGCAGCGGCAUCGGUGGCAGCGGCAGCAUGAGCUGCGGCAGCAGCAGCUGUGGCAUGAGCGGCGGCAUGAGUGGCGGGGGCAGGAGCGGCAGCGGCAGUCUGUCGCGCGUGUGUGGGCUGGGGCGAGGGGCGCGGCGGCAGGUGGCCGCCAUCCUGGACGAGUUCUGGGGGGCGCUCUUCGACCUGCAUGGGGGGGCCGUCAAGGAGGAGGGGAUGCAGGGUGCGGUGGGAGCAGGGCACGGCAGCAGCGGGAGGGGAGGAGCAGGUGCAGCACUGGGGGGCAAGGGCUUGGCGUCUGACUGCCAUGCCUCCAAUCAUGUGGCCCUCCCUGCUUUUCAUGGCUCACAUCUGUUGUCAGCUAGUGCCAAGCCCUUCUCGCCCUCCUUCUCAACGUCCUUCUCUCCGUCCUCCUCCUUGCUGACUAGCAGCGCCAGCAGCGCCAACAGCACUAGCAGCAUGGGUGGGGGCAUGGCAGCGUUGCUGUCACCGUCACUGCCAUCAGCGUCCGCAGCACCCCGCGAGUACAGCACGCUGUCGCACCUCCCCACUCUGCACGAGCUCUCUCUGCUGCAUCCCUCCUACCUCCUCCCCUCCCGCCGCUGCAUUUCCCCUGACCCCCCCUUCUCCCAGCUGCCACCCACCACCAUGGGCAUGGGCCAGGGGGCACUCAGCACAGGCAUGGGGGCGAACUUGGAAGGGCGUAUAGGAGGCGGCAUGGGAGGGGGGAUGGCAGGGGGGACGGGAGGGGGCAUGGGAGGGGGCACAGGAGGAGGCAUGGGAGGAGGCAUGGGAGGAGGCAUGGGAGGAGGCAUGGGAGGAGGCAUGGGAGGAGGCAUGGGAGGAGGCAUGGGAGGGGGCAUGGGAGGCGCGCUGCAUGGGGUGUUGGGUGCGGGUCAAGUGCGGCAGGUGGAGGGGCCCAGCCGCUCCACGCCCAACCUGCGGGCCGACCUCUUGGGCGGCAUCACAGGGCAGCUGGCACUGCUACAGGAGCAGGGCAGACUCGGGCCCGCCCACGGGCUGCUUGCCCCUGGGCGCUUGGAUGCCUUUCAGCAGCAGCAGGAGCUGGCGUAUCAGCAGGCGCGAGGGGUGGGGGCGCUUGGGUUUGCGGUGGUGGAAGAUGGCAGUGGUGAUGAUGAGAGUGACGUGGCAUAUGCUGCUGCCAGCCUGGCACAGCUCAGCCAGUUGCAGCAUGAUUACGCUGAAUUCAGCAGUGCAGAUCGAGGUGGGGUCGGUAUUGGCAGUGGUGGUGGUGGUGGGGGUACAGGGGUCGCAAUGGGCAGUGUGUGGGAGCAGCAGUUGGGUGAGCUGGUGGGUGCUCGGCCUCAGCACCUCGCACCGGUGCACAUGGGGCCAGGUGGUGCUGGCACGGCUGCAGGUGUGGCGAAUGGGAGAGUGGGGGCGCUGCAGCGAACAGGCAGCGGGGGCAGCUGGGGGUGUGCUUCGGGUUUACUGACCACUGCAGCAGUAAGCAGUGGGAAGUGGAGCAGCAUGCAUGCCCUUGGCAGCAAGGGCGGCAUGCAUGUCUCUCCCAUGGCCCCUCAGGACUUGCCUGACCUAGCAGACCAAUGGCUGGCAGCUUCUGCUGCGAGCAAAGGGGGGAAGGGCUGUGACCUAGGCUGGCAGCAGGCACAGCAGCAGGAGCAGCAGCAGGGCGGCUGCCACGCGCCCUCUACCCCUGUGCUGGGUGCAGUGGCAGAGGAGGCACGGGUGGAGGCGCUGCGUGUGUGUGUGCAACGGCUGCUGCGGCUGGAGGGAUCGGACUGGCUCUUCCGCUACGACACGGGGCCCGACGAGGACCUCAUCGCUGCUGUUGCCUUCCGCGACAAGAAGCUCGCCGCUGCCGCCGCGCUCUCUGCUCGCAUGGCCGCGCCCUCCCUCGCCCACACGCCCGCUCACCACUCGCACUCGCACAGUGGGGGUGACAGGGAUGGGGAGUGGGCGCUGCCUGCAGGCGUGUGGGGGUGUGGCGGUGCAUGUGUGUGGGGCGGUGCGCUGGUGGUGUCGUUCGGUGUGUGGUGCGUGCACCGCGUGCUCGAGCUGUCGCAGCUGGAGAGCCGCCCGGAGCUGUGGGGCAAGUACACCUAUGUGCUCAACAGGCUGCAGGGCAUUCUGGACCCUGCUUUUUCCCAUCCGCGCCCAGUGCCGGUGCUGUGUGCCUGUUUUGGAGAGGCAGCGGGGGAGCCAGCCCUGGCGGUGCAGGGGCUCUUCCAGGGCAUGCUGGGCGCGCCCCUCUGGGGCAUGCACGUCCCCCUCGCCUCCCCCAACUGGCCCUUCCCCGGCCCACCAGGGCACCGCGGGCCGGCAAGCGCUGCUCUCUUCUUGGAGCGCAUUCGCGAGGUGGAGGCAGCGGUGGGGGGGCGCAAGGGGCGGACGGGCACAGUGGCGGGGGAUGUGGCCUUCCCCAAGGGGAAGGAGAACCUCUCGUCCGUGCUCAAGCGGUACAAGCGCCGUCUGGGUUCUUGCGCCAAUACUCCAGCUUAGCUUAGCUAGUUUUUCCACCCAUGGCUGCUGGACAGUACAGGGCUGUGAGUGAAAUGAGUCUGAUCCAGCCCAGAAUAUCAGCCCAUCAUGGGCUUUUUGCCCAACUUGCUGGGCUCAUUUGCGACACCAUGGGUAGGCAGCAUUCUGGCUUGUUUUUUUAUCCUGUUUGUAAGUUUUUUUACAGGAAGCGAACUGUUCUUACUUGUACCCAUUUCACCAC